AUGGCCGAUCGCAGCGGCACGGCGGCUGCCAUGGAUGUGGAAGCGGAGGUGGUCAUCGUUGGAGCCGGGAUCGCGGGGCUCGCGACCGCGCUGGCGCUGCGGCGCGUUGGCGUGGGCGUUGCUCCCGGUGGCGUCCUGGUGCUGGAGCGGCACGCCGAGCUGCGCUCCGCGGGCGCCGCGCUCACCAUCUUCCCCAACGGCUGGUUCGCGCUCCGCGCGCUCGGCGUCGCGCACAAGCUCACCGCCCGCUACGACGCCUUCGAAACAUCCCGAGUGACCACUCUUGAAACUGGGGCGACGCAGGUGUUCCGCUUUGCUGGGCGCAAAACCAGCGGCGACGACGUCAAGGUGAGGCCGAUGCAUCGAAAGGCGCUGCUGGAGGCGCUGGCCGAGGAGCUGCCUCCGGGCACCAUCAGGUUCUCAUCAAGGCUCGUCUCCAUCGACUCCGAGGGCUCGCCCGAGGUCGCCGUCCUACGGUUAGACGACGGGACAGUGAUCCGAUCCAAGGUCCUGAUCGGGUGCGACGGGGUGCACUCGGUGGUGGCGCAGUGGCUGGGCAUGUCGGAGCCGGCGAGCUCAGGCCGGUCCGCCGUCCGCGGGCUGUCAGUGUUCCCGGACGGGCACGGUCUGAAGAAGGAGCUCCGGCAGUUCCUGUCCGAGGGCCUCAGGGCCGGCAUGGUACCCAUCAGCGACACCGAUGUCUACUGGUUCCUCGUCAACAACACCAUCUCUGCAGAGAAAGAAGCCGGCGCGGACCCAGCAAAGAUCCUGCGGGAGGUGACGGACAACCUGGGCAGGAACAUGCCGGCGGAGUACCUGGACGUGGCGCGCCACUCCGACUUCGGCAACCUCUCGUGGGCACCUCUGCUGUACCGGCACCCCUGGGCCAUCCUCACGGGCCCGGCGGUCCGGGGAGCAGUCACGGUGGCCGGCGACGCGUUCCACCCCAUGACGCCCGACAUGGCGCAGGGCGGGUGCUCGGCGCUGGAGGACGCGGUGGUGCUCGCUCGCGCCCUGUCGCGGGCUGCCACGCCCGCCGCCGGCGUGGCCGCGUACGUCUCGGAGCGGCGCUGGCGGGCUGCAUGGAUGGUGGCGGGAGCGUACCUUUCAGGCUGGGUUCAGCAGGGUGGCACCAAUGUCCAGGGCGUGCGCGGGUACCUGGUCAGGCUGUUCCGUGACUGGAUCUUCUACAGGUUCUUGUUCCCCAGGCUCGCCGACACGAUGUGGUUCAACUGCGGCGAACUGGUGGAGCGGAAGGAGCAGGGCAAGACACACUCGGAGUAAACUGAAUGUUUAGUUUAUCCUACUGUGUGCUAAAGCUACUGCAGACAUGAAAACAUCUGGGGUUUCUGAAUCCCUGAGUUACCGAUUCCUGAUCGAAAGACAAGAGGUGUAAAAGCACAAGAGCUAGGGAUUUCUGAAU